CAGCAUUUAUUUUUAUGAAAUACGGAAGCUCAUUGUCAACACUUCACUGACGUACCACUGUAAAUAUUUCUGUCUCGAGUCAAUUGAGCUCUUAGGCCUCAUUACUUCAUUCACUUUGACAUUUCAAGUUCUCUCCUUCUCUUCUUUCCGUAACUUGGCUUCUUGCUUUGCUGAUACGUUCCAAGAACGCUUGGUCAUCCAGACUCUUGCUCGGACGCAUCUCUCGCAUCAUGAACACAGAGGGGGACCUCACUAACCUUAUCAGCACCGCACAGCAGCCUCAACCACAACAACCACCACAACAACCACAGCAACGACAGCAACAGCAAUCCGUGCAGCAAGACGAAACUACUGAUUCUACUUCAACUGGUUUGCCACCAGAACAUAUUUCUUCUACGACUGCCCCUCCAUCAUCGCCCCCCAAGGAUGUUACUGCUGUCAGUGCUUCUUGUACUCGACAAUAUGCCAUGCUUCGCGCUUCCAAGAAAUUUCGUCCUCCUAUCUCUAUCUUCGACUUGCCAUGUCAACCGGCUUCGGCCCCUCCACAAGAUACUGAAAGUUUCUUUGCACAUCUUGACACGGUUGAAAAGACAUUAGAGGAAGAAGACGCUGGCCAAAUCCCUAAAGCACUCGAGACAGGGCCGCAGAUUGUGGUCGAGUCACUCAACAAGAAGCGCAGGCGUGUUCCAACUACAUCAGAGCAACCUUUAGAAAUAUCUACAGAAAUCAUACCAGAGCCACCGCCUGCAGAAGCAUUAGAUGAUAAACUGACUCCACAGGGCUUUCUAUCAAAUCCUUUGCCGUUUUCGCAAUCAUCCUCCUCAUCAGCAUCGAUGGGCAUUACAUCUGAAUCGCCUUCUAUUUCAUCCAGUUCGUCUGGUUCUCUAUCUUUCACCGGCGACACAGCAGCCACGACCACUACAGAUGAUAUGAAUGACUCUAUGCCAAAGGAUAAAAAGGUUCGAUUUUCUCAGGACCCAGCAGAAAUCCACCUGAUAAAAAACUGGAGGAGACGGGCCAGCAAGCGAAAAGAACGACACUUUAUUCGCCAUUCAGCCAUCGUAAAGCACCCUAAUGCUUUGCAGGGCAUCAGUACCACAGACACAUCGGAUACAAACACUAUGCCACCAAGAGGCAGAAUUCUCUCGGCAGACUUGCCAAGCUAUGAGGACCAGCAAUUUCAUGAAUGGCUAGCAGGGACCUCACCACCACCGCCAAUGCCGGAGCCUGUGACACAACAAAUGUCGGGAAUCGUAGCUGAGAAUUCACAAAAGCCAUCAACAAAGAAGAAACGAUUUAGUGAAAGGCUUCGGGGACCUUUAAAAACACAACAGGAAGAACCUUUGCCUGUGGAAGCCAAGGGGUCAUCAUCAAUGAUUGACGGCCAUGAAUCAGAACAAAUCAGCAUGUCAAAGCAGCUUGCUUCUGAUCAGGAUCAGAGUCAGGACCCCAAUGAAGAUACUGUGGAACUAGAGUUUGUUCCUGAGACACAGGAGGAGGCUUCAAUGGAUCCCGAGGGAACCAGUAAGGAGAUUGCUUCAGAAAAGAAUACAAGUACUAGCAUCCCUCAAACAAAUACUAUCAUAACUCGUAUCCCAGGUCCAUCCAUGCCAACCAUCUUCAACACAAAGAAACAUAACGAUAUACUAGACAAGGGCGAUGAAAGCGCAUCAGCAACUACACUAAAGCCCAACAAUAUGACAGUCGAUGCUAUAGGAGAGCUCAUACAGGUCGACUCUGAUCUCGAAGAAAAAUCGGUCAAUCUGGACGGUAUUAUUGAAAAUACAUCGUCUAGUACGAAUACUGCGCUUGAUUUGCAAGCAAUUACAGCGUCUUCUAAGGGGAAGGCUAAGAAGGAUAAGGAGCCAGUGAAAACAGUUGCAGCAAUGAUUAGACCAAGACGGAAGCUUGUGGCUCCUUCAAAGUCUUCACAUAUAGUUGAACCACAAUCGGAGAAACCUAGUAGCAAUAUGAGUUCUGAUGUUGCGGCAGGAAAAAAACAUGCACCUUUAGCCCGUACUAUCUCAUUGAUAAGUAUAGAGGAUGAUGACGACGAUACUAAGGUCGCAGAUAUUGAUAAAGCGCCAACACCACCAAUGCCACAGACGAAUAUGGCAUCUAAACCUGGCAGCACUGCAAGGCAGACACAGGCUUCUGUUAAAAAAGGCAAAAAACCUGCUACCACCGAGUCGCCAGCGUUGCCAUCAUCGUCCAAAGCGAAAACCAUUGCACUCUCCGAGUUAAGCCUCUAUGUCAUUCCAAAUAACAUGGAUACUGCUAUAUUCAAUAUUACCCGAAAGCGCGUGAUAGAGUUGCAUGGGAAAUGGCUUGGCCCCGCGUUUAAGGUACUCUCUACAGACCCUCGCGCCAAAGCUGAAAUCCCACCGUUAGAUCAGGAGAAUACUACCCACAUUGUCACAGCCUUUACGAGUGUUGAAGAAGUGAAACGUUUUUUCAAUGUAACUACAAUCAAUGUAACCUAAAAUCGCGAUUGUAAACAGAGAUUGGUUAUCGGAUUCAAUUAUGUUUAAACGGCCGAUGGAGGCACAGGGUUAUGCCCUUCGGAAAACAUACGCGCUGCCCUCAGGCUCAAAAAUACCUUCACAAGACGAAACUCCACCACAUACACAGCACUGGGAGGAGAGAAUUGAGGGCUCAUCAACCAAAAAUGAUAAUAAGCGGCUCGGCGAAUUUGAAAGCACAGAGAAUAGUCACGACAAUGUCUUUAAGGAGAUCAUGCAAGGGAUUCAAGAAGGAUCUUUAGAUGAUGCUGAGCUUUCUGAUGGUCAAGAUAAUAACGGGGAUGCCACAGAAAGAAAUGAU